CACAAUAAGAUAAACAAAUUGACGGGCUAAUCACUUUAAACUUCCCUCCUUCAAAAAAUCCAUUUCAAUUAUACAUAUUUUUAAUAUGACACCAUAUGAAAAAAACUAUGUAUUCAGUACAGUACAAAUGUACGAUACAAUUCAGGUAUCAGGUAUUUAGGUGAUUUGGCACACUCAUAAAUUUGAAUGUGUUGUUUUCUUCUUCCUAAUAAGAAAAAGGAACAGCAUAUUCUACCAUCAUUUUGUCAUGUCAAAAUGUCGGGACCCAGGAAGGCUGUUUUGUCAUUAUAAGUUCAUUAUUAAUCUAUUGUCACGCUUAAACUCAAACCAAAACCAGAUUGAAUCCAUCCUUUUCUCUUCCCUCCUGCAUCUAUUCUAUUCUGCAGACCUCUGCACGUGAUUCUUCAACUCCAACUACUCCAUUUUUGUCUUGUCGCCGCAGGCCGCAGCCCUUUGCUAGCUCAAAGCUUUGAUCUCUAAUAAUUCUUUACCACAUCCCCUUCCCCACCACUUUCCUCUCCUUCCUUCCUUUCACACUUGCCACAAACUUUCUGGUUGCCCAUUUCCCCACUUGAUGAAGCAUUAAAAAUCUCACACCUGGGUUCUGUGAUUGGUUCAUCAGACUUCAGCCGCCAAAAGGUGAGUCUUCAGUUGGGUAGCGAAGCACUUCCUCCCCAUUCCUAAACUCGCCACUAAUUUCACUUUCUGCUCGAAUGGCUUCAAACCCAUCAGCUGAUAUAGAAAUGGAUAAACUAAGUUCUGUCCUUUUUACUCCCUGUCACUGUGCAGCCCCUGCUUCUAUUUUUUUUUUGCAGAAUGGGAAGGGAAAGCAUUUCCCUUUGAGCAAGUUAGUUAAACAGUUCUGUAUCUCUCUAGUCUUUUGAUUCGCGUGGAUUUCAAGUUUCUCACUUUGUUCUUCUGUCCUCGUCAUUUACCUCUCUCUCUCUCUCUUGAAAGUUGAAAUACCAUCUUCGUUAGAUUCUCCUCCCCCUUUUUAUUAAUGUUUAAAGAAGGGUGUUAAUGGUCCUCCACCUCCAGUAUACUUUCCCCCAUGUUAAGUUUUCUUCACCGUGUGUAAACGUUUGGUGUUUCACGUGGGGUGUUUGAAGAAAGCAGAAUUUUUGCCUCCCUAAUUAGGAAAUAGGCCCUCAGUUUGCUUAAUGGGGGGCUGUAGGUCUCUCUUUAUUUGAAUUGAGAAUCUGAUCCUUGUUUCUGUUAGGUACCCUGUCAUUCUUUUGAGGCCUAAGCUGGAUUGCCCCCUGUUAAUUGGCUUUUCCAUUGAGUGGAAACCAAAUGGCCUAAAGUAUCAAACUCUUAAGUGAGAUGGUUCAAAUCUGGUUUAUUGGUUCAUUCUGCCCAUAGACUGAACAGUAGGUCCUUGAUUCUUUUUGAAAUGCAAUUACUUGGCUUGCUUUUUGUUGGUAUAAAUUGACAAUUCUGAUGGAAGUUCACUCCCAACUUUUAUUACCAAUCUCUAGGUUCUCAUGAAUUGAUUGGGCACAAAGUCAAUGGACAGUUGGAAAUCAGGUUGGCAUUCUUGGCUUCGAAUGAGGACAAUUAGGUCUCUUCUGCUCGUGUUCCUCUUGUUUAGACUAUUCCCUGGUGGCCACAGUGGAAAUGGUACAUCCAGGCCUGCUGUAGUAAACAUUGGAGCCCUUUUCACAUUUGAGUCCUCAAUUGGAAGAGUUGCUAAGAUUGCCAUCGAGGAAGCUGUCAAAGAUGUGAAUGCAAAUUCCAGCAUCUUACCUGGAACUACUCUGAAAGUGCAGAUGCAGAACACUAACUGCAGUGGGUUCGUUGGCAUGGUUGAAGCGCUGCAAUUCAUGGAGACUGAUACCAUCGCCAUCAUUGGUCCACAGUCUUCUGUAGUCGCCCAUAUCAUAUCUCAUGUGGCAAACGAGCUCCAAGUACCCCUCCUCUCAUUUGCAGCAACUGACCCAACUCUCGAUUCGCUUCAGUUCCCAUUCUUCGUCAGAACGACACAUAGUGAUGCUUACCAAAUGGCUGCAGUGGCCGAGAUGGUGGAUUACUAUAACUGGAAGCAAGUAACUGCUAUCUACAUCGACGAUGACUAUGGACGAAAUGGCCUUUCAGCUCUAGGUGAUAAGCUUGCUGAGAGGCGCUGCAAAAUCUCCUACAAAGUGGGAAUCCCUCCUGAAUCUGGUGCUAACUCAAGUGACACAAUGGACCUUCUUGUCAAGGUGGCAAUGAUGGAAUCUCGGGUCAUUGUUCUUCAUGUCUAUCCUCAAAAGGGCUUCGAGAUCUUCUCUAUGGCGAAUUAUUUGGGAAUGAUGGGGAAUGGUUAUGUAUGGAUAGCAACAGAUUGGCUUUCGUCUGUGCUCGAUUCUACACCACUUGAUUCUGAUACUAUGGAGAAGAUACAAGGAGCCCUUGUGCUCCGCCAGCAUACUGCAGAUUCAGAUCGAAAGAAGGCAUUCGUCUCUAGGUGGAACAGUGGUGGUUUUCCUGGUCUGAACUCUUAUGGCCUGUUUGCUUAUGAUUCCGUGUGGCUUGUUGCUCAAGCCAUCGAUAAGUUCUUCAACCAAGGUGGGGUGAUCUCAUUUUCUAAUGACUCAAGGUUGAGUACAGGAGGAGACAGUAACCUUCAUUUGGAUGCAAUGAGCAUUUUCAAUGAUGGGAAGCUUCUCCUGGGGAAUAUACUGCAGGGCGAUGUUGUUGGUUUGACUGGUCGUAUAAAAUUCGAACCAGAUCGAUCUCUGACCUUUCCAGCAUAUGAUGUGAUUAAUGUGGUUGGUACUGGGUUUAGAAGGGUUGGUUACUGGUCAAAUUAUUCUGGUUUGUCAACUGUGACUCCCGAGACGCUUUACAUGAGUCCACCGAAUCGUUCUAGUGCUGACCAGCAGCUGUAUAGUGUGAUUUGGCCCGGUGAGACAUCGGUAAAGCCUCGUGGAUGGGUUUUCCCCAACAAUGGGAAGCAAUUGAGGAUUGGUGUGCCUAUUCGAGUUAGCUUCAAGGAGUUUGUGUCGCCAGCCAGAGGAACACCUGACAAGUUCCAAGGGUUUUGUAUAGAUGUUUUCACUGCUGCGGUGAACUUGUUGCAGUAUCCUGUUCCUUAUCAGUUUGUUCCUGUUGGAGAUGGGAAGAAGAACCCCAGCUACAUGGAUAUAGUGAAUUCAGUCUACAACGGAGUUCUUGAUGCUGCUAUUGGUGACAUUGCCAUUGUUACAAACAGGACAAAGAUAGUAGACUUUUCACAGCCUUAUGUGGCAUCUGGGCUGGUUGUGGUGGUUCCAUUCAGGAAGAUGAACACAGGGGCAUGGGCUUUCCUUAGACCCUUUAGUCCCCUCAUGUGGAUCGUCACUGGUUGUUUCUUCCUUGCUGUUGGCAUUGUUGUGUGGGUACUGGAGCACAGGAUCAAUGACGAAUUCAGAGGCCCUCCGAAAAGACAGAUGAUUACGGUUUUAUGGUUCAGCCUCUCGACUUUGUUUUUCGCCCACAGAGAGAACACUGUGAGCGCUCUUGGACGGAUGGUGCUACUAAUAUGGCUCUUUGUGGUUCUCAUAAUCAACUCCAGCUACACAGCAAGCCUCACAUCGAUCCUCACAGUACAGCAGCUCUUUUCUCCAAUCAAAGGAAUCGAAAGCUUGAAGGAAGGCAAUGACCCUAUAGGAUAUCAAACAGGUUCCUUUGCUGAAUAUUAUCUGGGAGAGGAGCUACGCAUACCAAAGUCUCGGCUGAUUGAACUUGGAUCACCUGAAGAAUAUGCUGCAGCCCUCCAAAAGGGUCCCAAGAAUGGAGGAGUUGCUGCAAUUGUCGAUGAACUCCCCUAUGUGGAACUCUUCCUAGCAUCUCAGUGCACAUUCCGAAUCGUGGGUCAAGAGUUUACCAAAAGUGGAUGGGGAUUUGCAUUUCCGCGAGACUCCCCACUGGCUGUUGACAUAUCAACCGCGAUCCUGGAGCUAUCGGAGAACGGGGAUCUUCAAAGGAUCCAUGAUAAGUGGCUGGCGGGGUCCAGUUGCAGCUCGGAGACUUCAGAGAUCGAAUCAGACAGGCUCCAUCUCAAGAGCUUCAUUGGUCUUUUCUUGAUAUGUGGGGUGGCAUGCUUUGUAGCUCUUGUCAUAUACUUUGUGCAGGUUAUCAGGAAACUUUAUAGAAGUGAGCCUAAUGAAGCUAUAGAGUCUGGUCAGGGGAGCUCGUCCCGUUCUCGGAGUAUUCAUCGUCUGCUGUCGAUAAUGGAUGAGAAGAAAGACACUUCCAAGAAGGGUAGGGGUAGUAAGAGGAGGAAGUUGGAGACUUCACUUUCUGAUAGUAGCAGGGUGGGUGAGUUUGAGAAGAAUGAGAGGAGAGAAGUAGAAAUGGAGAUACCGAGAAGGAACAUGAAUGGGAAUGGGAUUAAUCCCGAGUAAGAGUAAGAGUUGAUCAUUGUGUAAAUCAACAAAAAAGAAAAGAUAUGUAUUGCUUUUGUAGAGAAAUUUGUAUUGAAGGGUCUCAAAGAGGAGGCUGCUCAUCAUUAUGAUUGUGUAAGAAAUUGGUAACAUAAUGGAAGGUUAGCUCACAAUCUUGGUAGGGAUAUCUAGGGGUGUCGGUUCGGGUCGGGUUCGGUUAACCGAACCGAAACCCGAAAAAACCCAAAACCGAAAACCACUAAAACCGAACCCGAACUCGAUAAGGACUUGUGGGUUCCGGUUACCCGAAACCCGAAAAUUCCUUAUCGGGUUCGGGUUCGGUUAAAGCAAACCCGAAAACUCGAACGCCUAAGAAUACGGGUUGAGUUCUAUCCAUUGGAGGUUUUUAGACGAAACCCGAAAAACCAAUAAGUAAAACCGAACCCGAAAAACCCGAAACCCGAAACGAACCCGAAAAUGUAUAUAAUCGGGUCGGUUUCGGGUAAACCCGAAAAACCGAACCCGAAUGGACACCCCUAGGGAUAUCUUAGCACCGGAAUAUAGAAGCCGCGAAUUAGGGAUAAGCAUUGGCUAAGUUAAAUGAGAUUUGGACGAAAACUUACUCAUAAAUAAGAAUAAGUGGGUGACAAUAGUACGACUCACACUCAUCCAAAUAUGCAUUAGUGGGCUGGUUAAAUAUGGUUUACAAGUGUAUUUGGAUGAGUAAAAUGAUUUUCAUAAAAUAGAAAAUAAACUCGAGUCAAAAUAAAUUCUAAUCCAAAUCCAAAUAUCAACGAAAAUAAACCCAUACAGAAAAUAUAAGCUCCUAGUGAUAAUAUAAGAUGAGAAAAACAUCAAUGCAUGUUAUUGCUGGAGACUUGGUAAGAUUCAAUGUAGUCAAAAGCGAGUUUCAACGUAGAAAUGUUUUGGUGAUAUAGAAGCGUAAAAUCGUAUGUUUUUAAGUUUUAAAGUGGAGUUUUUAACUAUAUAAGUUAUAAAAACUGAGAUUUGGUGUAGAAGCGUUUUAGUGACAUAGAAACGUAAAAUAGUAAGUUUUUAAGUUUUAAAGCGCGAUUUUGACUAAGAAUAAUAGAUCGAUGACAACUAAUUACUGAAAGAAAGGAAUUUGAUUAAAAACAGAGGAAGUUUGUAACAAAACUUUGAAGAACAAAAGAUUCAAUUGAGAAUUUGUUAAGAAUAAAUUUGAAGUUGGAAAUAGAUAUAUAUUUUUUAUGAUAAUUAAAAAUUUCACAAUAUUUCAUCUUGAAAUCAUCAGAUCGAGCUACGAGCUACGAGCUACAAGAUCAUGAUUUUGCCUGAAAAUAUUGAAGGAAAGAUUGAGGAUUGAGGAGAUGAGGAAAGAAGAUUGUGCUGGUAAAUGAAUUUUAAAUGAAUUUAAGAUAACAAAAUGAGUGAAUUGACGAUUUUAGCAUAGAGACAGGCAUCACUCUAAUUAUGAUGGGUCUGGUCUGGUUGGAAGGAACUCACAUCCAUUCACCUCAUCAUUCAUAUCGUUUGUGAGUAGAUUAUAGUUGGCCGAUUUGAGUAGAAUUGGUAACCUGUCCAACGUCCACCUCAACCCUAAAUUACAAUGUUGUCAGAACCGAACCGGAGCAUGACCCGGUAAUGUGAACGGCUCGUACUUUAGUGGUCCAACCGGCAUUAGACCUUUUAAAAACCGUUAGAGAACCGGUACCUAAUAAACGUUAUCAAUAUAAAAAGUGGACAUUUCUUAAUCAGAGCUCAUCUCUUUCCUUCGAAAUUGUGAAAUGGAAAUAAGGAUUCAGUUUCAGA